AUGCAGGAAGUAAACAAAGCAGACGGAACAGCCGUCCAGACGCUCACGAGACCUCCCACAGAGAGCCAUGACAGCUCGUACAGGUGUGACGCUACUCUGGCAUGCGUGAUCUCCUCGUCUCUCCUUGACAGUGUGAAGACAGUAACCGGUGUGUGCCAUGGCUGAGGUGUUGGGACAGAGGAGCUUGUUGGGCUUUGGUGUGGUGCUGGCAUGGCUAGUGCUGUUUCACCUGCUGGUCAACAUCUGGCUGCUGUGCAUGUUCACCAGCUUGCUGGUGGUGCUUGGUGGCUGGCUCGGUUCGCAAGCCGUCUUGGAGUCCAACAGUGUGAUUCACCUGGAGAGGUUUAUCAGCCUGGAGCAGGUCCCACCAUCUGCAGAGGAUGAGCGUCACUUGGAUCAUGAGAUUCACAACACAGUGAGGAAAAUCAUCAGGGACUUUGUCACUUCGUGGUACUCCACUGUGUCGUCUGAGAGUGGCUUUGAAACAGAGGUUCAGGAGGCCAUGGUCUCUAUGGCAAUGGAGCUGAAACUGCGCGCAAGACAUGUCGACAGAAAGGAACUGACCCAGAGGAUCCUAGACCUGUUUGGCUGCCACCUGCAGGACUACAUCAGAGCCAAAGAGCUGGUGACUGAGCAGCAGAAGUCUUUGACUGCUAAUCGGAGCAAUGACAGUGAGCAGUUGUGGAAAGCAUAUUCCAGUGUUACCAAACCCCACUUUGCCAUGACCAGUGACACGGUGGAAGUCAACUACGUCAGAGCAGUUGUAGAUUUGUUGCUGCACGUGUUGGUGCCGUCGCCUCACCUGGAAACCCGCACCGGUCGAUUCGUUGUCGGAGAGCUCAUAACCUGCAAUGUCCUGCUCCCUCUUGUUGAUAAGCUGUCGGACCCUGACUGGUUGAACCUCCUCAUGAUAGAAAUAUUCAGCAACUCCAGCAAACUGCAGGAGACAAUAGCAACAGAGCCACUGAGUUCAUCCCCACCGCUACCAGCUCUGCCUGCUGAAUCCGAGCGUGCUCUGCUACAACAGACGACACACGCACCUCAGAAGAAUACUGAGGCUCCUCCACAAAGAACAGAGACUGAAAUGAUCAGUCACACAGAGACAGCCAUGCCUGAGCUCGCUGCAUUUGAUGUGGUUGACUCAGAUGAGGUGGACUUUCCUCACAAUAACAUGGAAGAAGAUGAAACUAGUCAACCCUUUUUAAGGCGUUACAUGAGAGGAAGCAAGUCAAAUCCAUUCUACCAGGAAAAUGACUCUGACUUGGAUUCUCCAUUGGCUGAUUAUAAACAGGGUUCCACUGAUUCCUUGGUCAUGGUUGGUCAAGAGGAGAGUCUGUUUGAUAGACAGAAAGAAUGUGGAACAUUUGUUGAGAGUGCGGUGGACUUGGAGGAUGUUUGCCCCAGUCCAGUGGACGGCUCCUUGCCUAAAGUCCUGUUGAAUUCAGAUUCAGUGGAGCAUCCUAAUGGCACUGGUCCCUUAUCAGUUAGGACAACAGAGGGUGCUCCCACAAUCAGCAGCCUCCAGGAGCUGGAGAGAGAAGGCAGUUCCCUUGCAGUAAACCCAAACAGAGAGCUUCUUCUGGGUGUAGAACAGACUGGGAUGGGGAAUCCCAAUGAGCUCACUGUCGGCAGUCCACAGCAGGGCUGUUCUCCCAUGGGGACAUUCAGCUUUGAGCCCCUCAGCAGCCCUGAAGGUCCAGUUAUCAUUCAGAACCUCCGCAUCACUGGCACCAUCACAGCGAAGGAACAUCGAGGCACUGGCUCACACCCCUACACUCUUUACACCAUCAAAUAUGAGACAGCAAUGGGUUGUGAAAACCCAGGAAGCAUCCAGCCAGGCUCUGAGGAUGCUGAAGCCUUACAGACAGGUUGUGAGAAUCCAUCGUCCGUUCAGCCUGUAGCCUAUCACAUGGUCAACAGACGAUACAGUGAAUUCCUCAACCUGCAAACACGGCUAGAAGAAAAAACGGAACUACGGAAACUUAUCAAAGGUGUGAAAGGUCCAAAGAAAGUAUUUCCAGACAUGCCAUUUGGAAACAUGGACAGUGACAAGAUCGAGGCGAGGAAAGGACUCCUUGAGACCUUUCUAAAACAACUGUGUGCCAUCCCUGAAAUAGCCAACAGUGAAGAGAUGCAGGAGUUCCUCGCUCUCAAUACAGACGCCAGGAUCGCCUUUGUCAAGAAGCCUUUCAUUGUGUCACGCAUAGACAAGAUUGUGGUGAAUGCCAUUGUGGACACCCUGAAGACAGCGUUUCCUCGUUCAGAACCUCAGAGCCCUACAGAGGACAAUGAAUCAGAGGUGGAUGGAGGAAAAGUACCUACAGACAAGAAGAGCAAGUCUCGUCUGAAGUUCUCCAGUAAAAACAUCCCCUUUAUGAAUGGUUCAGACAUAAGGGCACCAGUUUUGUUCAGCUGGGACCAAACUAGCACAGUGUUUAAGGGGAUGUCUUUGAAAGAUCUGCAAGCCUUUGUCGCUGAGCAGGAGGUAGAGUCCAUCAGAGCUGAGCUGGAGAAGGAGGGCAGUCCAGUAUUGGGAGAAUUCGGAGGCUGUCUGGAUGACAACUUGGGGGGAAAGCCGAGUCGGCAACACGCAUCGGAGACAGCGCUGGCCGAAGUGGCUCUGAACAUUCUGUGCGUGCUGAUGAAGGAGCAGUGGAGCUGGCUGUGCACUGAAAACAUUCAGAAGACCAUCAGGCUGUUGUUUGGGACCCUCAUUAACAGGUGGCUUGAUGUGAGCGUAGCCAACCUGACAUGUACCAGGUACUGGGUGGUGUACCUGCAGGUCAUCCAGGAGGCAGUGUGGCCAGGAGGAGCUCUUCCUACUGCCCCUCAACUUGAACGUAGCCAAGAGCAGAAGCACAACACCAAGCAGCAAGCCUUACAAUAUCUGAUGAGACUUCUUCCAGAUCUUGUUUCAGACAUGUUGGGCUCUGAGAAGUACAAACUCAGCUGGCAGACUGCACUGGACUCUUUUCAAGACCCCUACAUUAACAGACACCUGGUCUACUGUUUGUUUGACCUUCUGCUGGAGUUCCUGGUUCCUGAAACACCCGAAGAGGACUUCCAGAGAAGCCUACUGCAGAGCCUCUCCAAGAACCCAGAGAAGCUGCUGGCAUGAGGAGACAACACCUUCAUACCCGCCUUCACUUUGCCAUCAUCCUAACUGACUUUCCUCCUCUGAUGAUCAGCUGAAAAGCAGCGUGACACCAAGGCUGCUCCUGUUCUACUAAUGUCCUGCAGCGAGAGUGUAAGUGAAUGUUUCUGGUCAGGCUGAGUGUUCUCUGUCCCCACUUUAAACUCCUGAGCUCACUCAGCCUCUGUCUCCUAUUAUGUGUGGAUGUAGUGACGUAUGGAGCUCUCGAACAUGGUGUCCUGUACACACACUCACUCUUAAAAACACACACUACAUUUGAAGCAGCUUUGAUUACAUGAAGGCACCUGGUUUGUGUUUGAUCUCACAACAUUACUGGUGUGCUGUUCAGAUCUAAACAUGUGGCAAAGCCUCCUCCGAUCUCCGUGUCCAGCCUCUUCCUGCCUGCUAAACUCCCCAGCUUUGGCUAAACUCACUUCAGAUGGGUUUCACACUCUGCCCUCAUCUCCUUCUACAGUCUCUGAGCAGAAAAACUCACACCUGUUGCUCUAAUCUGGAGAAGCAGGAUUUGCUUUUUCCCUUCAACUUGAAUCUCACAACACUCUGUUGGGAUUUAGCAUGACUGUUGCUAUUCUCAGUUGACCCAUUCUUCAAUUUCCCACCGGUUCUGUAUAGAACCACACAUGUGAUUCUGACAUAAUGUGAGAUAUUCUUCCUAAACCCGAGCCUUCCUUUGGGAUCACAUGUCUCUGGUAGUGAUUUAACCUGGAAGUGUCCAGGUGCAGGAACAGUGCAUACUGAAGUGAAGUGUGGCGACGAGCUGGCCAGAAGAUAUUUUACAGAUUUUGCACGUCAUACGUCACCGUUCCUUUAACAGGCCCCUCGGAGAAUAAACUGCACAGUUAAUGUCUAAAUAAUAGAAGAGCUGGGCUUCACAAAAACGGGUACAUGAAGGAUGUGGGAGUGGUGUUGGCACAGGUCCAUUUAGAAACUGUAAAGCAGUGAGCUGCUGGAGUCUGUACAUACUUAAGAUCAGUUAUAGAGCUUGAUAAUUGGCUAAUUAACCGACAGUCUUAAAGGUUGGUUAAAUUACAUCGAAGCAUACGCUGUUUUCUCACUUUUAAAGCUGUCUAUACAUGCUGAGGAGCUUCUGAGCUCUCAGUGUCUCCACCGUAACACACAGGAUGCUUCCAACACAAUGGCGACCAAUAGUUUUGAGAAAAAUUGUCUUUGUUCUUUUACUUUUUCAGCAAAUUGUCACUUUAUGUGUUUGCUUUGGUACUAGAACUCGUGACAGUCGAUGUGAUUUGCAGAGUUGUCUAAUGACCAAUCAUCAGUGUGUACUCGUGUAUUUAUGAAGACGUCUGUCCAAGUUGGAAGAAAAAAUCUUUGUGUCUGUUUAAGCUUGUCUUCAGGCUUGUCCCAAUCUUACCACCAGUCUGGUGUACGAUUGGCAGCACGCAUACAUGUACAUAUUCAGUCUGUGAACGGUGGUAAAAAUUCCUGCAAAAUAAUCCACAAAAAACUAAACUGAGAAAAUACAUGGACUCAGACGUCCAGGGUUUCAUACGCAACAAACCUAAAGAACCAAUCCUGUUAACGUGCAGGGUGGGGCCGUCUGUGUCAUUAUUCUGCUUCAGAGUCACAUUUUGAUUUCCAUACUUCCCACUCUUGGGUUUUCGUUGUGCAACCUGAAAACUGGCAUUAAGACAGGUGGGUGGAAACUCAUCUAGUGUGUUGAGCCAGUGUACAUUCCUUUAUCUCAGACACCCACCUUGGCUGCCUGAGGACCACGUAGUCACUGAGUCCUCUCUCACUUUAAUCAUGUUGUUGAAGGUUUUUGUAUGUUCAAAGGCUGCCUUAGGAUCUUAUUGCCUUCAUGGUUUUAACAUAACAAUCGGCGCUUCUUUCCUUCUUUGAUCAAAAGCUCUUGUACCUUCUGAAAAUAUUCUUACAACACAUAUCAUUAUCUGUGUCUCUUUACCAAACCGUAAUUUCUUAACACAGAUUGUAAAACACUGUUUAGUUAAUCUCCAGUUGAAGCAGCUCAUUAGAAACUUCAACUGAAUCUGCAUAUUUACUCGAGCCACGUGGAAUUCUAAGAAAUGUUACAAACAUUCCAAGUUAAAAAAAAAACAUGAAGUCAGAUUUUAAUGUUACUAUCAUUCCAGUGUUUUGCACUUACACUCUGGUUAAGUGGUCUCAUUUUUUGAAGUCCUAUCUUUCUUUUCCAUUGUAUUAACUUGUUAUUCAGUGUAUUUAUUAGCCUAUUUAUUUGCUACAAAUCAAAUGAAUUCCAUCCAUAAAACAAUGAGAGAUGUGCCAGCGCUGACAGAGAGGACUGUCCUCCUCUAUGAGGUGCUUUUUCCUGGAAGUUUGCCUUACAAUGUGACUCGAUGAAGUUCUCCAGCGGAGCCGCUGACCAUGCCUUAGCACCCGGUUCCAACUCUCUGCACUUAACAUGUUUUCUUUCUCUUUGUCAAUUUCUGCUGAAUGUUGGAGCUGUUACUACGUGUCAGAAGAUUUCAUUUCUUGCUGAUGUUGACGAAGGAAUUCCAUGUAUGUGAAAGAAAAAUGACACGGCACGAUGAUUCCUUGAUGGCCAUCUGCUGGGUAUUGAUGCCGCCAUGACAGAACGUUCAGCGUGAGCGUCACUGUCUGGUGGAAGCAGAAAAGAAGAAGAAGAAUCUGGCCACAAAAGAAGGCUGAUUUAAAAUGUGUAGCACAAGAUGAAUAAAAUUCAUGAAGUAUGUGCCCAGCUUUCAGAGCUAGCCCUGCUGGAAUGCUGUAGCUGUGGAAGAAGAUAUGUAAAAAAAUUUCAUAAUAAAAUAAUUAGUUUGAUGUUAACGUUUUCCCCUAAAAAUUUAAAAUUAACUAACUUUAGACAAUCUUAGAUGUUGUUCAUAUCAGUGAGCUUAAACAAGCUUUGCACUUUUAAUUGAAUAAUUUUAAAACUUCUUCUAGCAUUAAACAAGUAAACAACAAUAUUCCAGUUAUUUUUUCCACAAUUAUGUCCUCAUCUCGACACAUGGAGUGAAAUGCAGAUAACCGCUCAUGAUCCAAGCCGUGUUUACAAAUCCAAUGGGAUUUCUUUAUGAGCAUCGACAAACAAAAUACUACAAAAACAGUUGACACCCAUAAACAAAGGAUUUUUUUUCUUCCUUUUUUGACAAUUAAACCAAAGUAUCUUGUUACAGUAAUUCAGCCACCUUGACUUCGUGUAAUCAUGUGAAGGAUUUGAUAUGACAAGACGAUGAUGUAGCAUGAAAAGCUUCCCGCGACAACCUGUAUUAAGGAUCACUGUUACUAUGUGUCAUAAAAAACAUGAAAACUUGGUGUAACAUUAAAAUGAUUUUGGUAAAACAAGUAAUAAUAAUAAUAAAAACAAUGUAAUGAAGUGGUAGCAAUGCACUGCUUCUUUAACUGUCAUCAGUGGUAGAUGUUAGAUGUGACAUGUAAAAAUGAGCUAUGCUGUUUGUCUCGGAUGCUUUUACGUAUUUAUGCCAAAUGAUCUGUAGAAAAGCCACAUUUUUAUAAACAGUGACAGCAUUAACCGAAGCUUUAUGUUGUCUCUUCAACAGUGGUCAUGUCCGCUGUCAGAUAUAAUCCUGUUCUGUCUUCUCGCAUCCUUUCCGCCCUCCUGUCUCCGGUGUUUCUUUCCACUGUGACUUGUGAACACGUGGUUUGCGUUGUGCAUGUUAAAACUGUCUUUUAAACAUUCACUGCUUUUGCAAAAAAAAAAAAAAAAAAAAA